AAACUACAUAGGUACCAUACCGCCGCCGCCACCGCCGCCACCGCAGCCGCCGCCGCCGCAUUCCUUUCUUCUUCAGUUACCUAUACGUACACACCGUACACAUAUAUUCACGUUUAUAACAUAUAUUAUUACGAUAAUGUUUAUACCUGUACACCCCGUAUCACGUUAACGUUCCGAGUGCAAUAUAUAUACACAUAUGCAGAAUGCGCGUUGUCGAUUAAUUCCUACAAUCUAACUAACGGGCUUCCACCGAAACGACUCUGUGCCGUUAACGCAUACAAACAGUGUAUACGACAACCAUAGCAGUGCGUUGAUCAACCAUGUCAAUGAGCUAGUCAGACGACGCGCACACCACACACGAUAUUAUGCAGCAAACGCAACAGCACUUCUCGGCCACCGAAUACGAGCUGCAGCAGCAACAGCCACAGUACCUGGGUAAACAUGAUGCCGCUGUCAAGUAUAUGCAACAGCUUGGAUUGCACAAGCAGAACAUCAAAGUUGACUCUGAGAUAAGGCCUUGCCUAGUUGCUGACAAUGUGAUCAGCGAUCAAAACAGCAGUUGCGGCAGUCCACCUUUGUCCAUUGUAGUCAACGGCGAUGAGCAACACAGUUCCAGUACUCCUGUACCUUCGUCCACAUCGGUAUCUCGAUCUAAACCUCAAGCUUGUCGCAUAUGUGGACGUGUACUAGCAUCAACUUCAUCAUAUUAUGUACAUCUAAAAUCACAUUCAAACAACAAACCUUAUCGUUGUACACAAUGUGAAGCCUGUUUUUGCCGUAAACCAUAUUUGGAAGUUCAUAUGAGAACUCAUACUGGUGAGCGGCCUUAUCAAUGUAAUUUGUGUCUAAAGAAGUUUUCUCAAAAGAGUAGCCUAAACAUUCAUAAAAGAGUGCACACUGGCGAGCGUCMUUAUUCGUGUGACAUCUGCAAGAAAACAUUUGCAGUUAAAAGCUAUGUCAUUUCUCAUAAAUGGAGUCAUAUGACAGAAAAACCGUUUGUAUGUGAACAAUGUCAGCUAUCAUUUAACUCUAAGAUCCAAUUUGUAACGCACCUUAGAUCUCAUGACUUGGGACCAGCACAUUGUUGUCAAUUUUGUGGUAAAGCCUUUGUGAAAGGAUGCUUUUUAGUCAGACACAUCAAUAAAGUCCACCGAUUCAAUGUUGCUGCAGCAGCAGCAGCUACUGACCACGAGCCAGUACACAGUUCCUACAUGCAAUCAGACACCAACUAUUCUAGCAUUAGAUUUGAUCCUCGUGAAAUCAGCAUAUUGCCAACCACCAAGAAUGGCCCUCGUUUCUUAGGGCCUCCACCGCAUAAUGCAGAUGGUCCACCACCAUUAACCCACCUAACACCCAUGAUGUUGGGUCCACCACAAAACACACGAGCCUAAACCUAUUUCUUUUAUGUUUAAUAAGUAGGUAUUUCUAAAGAGUUAAAAAGUGUUAAUAGUCUUGUUUUAUUAGGUUAUAUAAAUUAGGUUUACUAUUAAACAUCUUUAUCAAACAUAGAUAUUUGUGACAUCAUCAUUAUUUAAUGAUAUUUGGUCCAACAAAUUAAUUUAAUGAAAUUCAAAGUUAAAUUUUGUAUCAUUAAAAUAUUUGUAGAUACAUAUAUUGUAUGGCACUUGCAUAUUUUAUUAUGGCUUGACCAUUAYUAUAUUUAGACAUGGCAUAUUUACUAGUUUGUACUUCAAAUAUCUACUAGUUAUUCAGUUCAUAUAAAUACCAAGAUUUCAAAUAAAUAAAUUAUAAAUGUAUUUCAUUUGAAAUAUAACAUUAUAUGAAUUAUAACCAACACUGAUCCCAAAGUGAUGAUGUCAUUCUUAUAAAAUGUUUGUGCCUAGUCUUAAAAUAAUAUAGGCAUUGACUUAUGAAAAAGGAUGAAUACUGUCAAUUUAUGUAUAAAUUUAAUUAUUAUUUCAAUUUUUUUGUAAUCCCAGUUUUUUUAGCUGUGGAUUUUCAUGAAACUAUAUUACCUGGUCGGUUUUAUACAAAAACACUAUAUUCCUAUCUGUUCUUGCCGGUGAYUCGUCAAAGGUUUUUUAUGUACAAAAUUAUGCCACAACUAAUAAUUAUAAUAAUACACAAUAAGAAAAAUGUAAACUACCACACUAAU